UUAUGUGGUUUUGUGGAGCUGAAGUCUUACUACCACUUUAUGAGUCAUGACAAAGGAAAGGCACAUUACAAGAAGCGAGCAUCCGUGCAACAAAUGUCAGUCCAACCACCUCAACCUGCAAAAGGAGUGAGCGGUGUAAAACUGGGAAUGUUUUAUAAAAGUUUCCCCACGGGAAGCCUCGAGAAGGAAAUAAUAGAUUCAACCGUCCCUAUUAUUGGUGUGAGCUUCAUUUUCAAGGAGAUUUACUACAACCAGAUGACUUUCUCGUGCCAACUUUGCCAGAUGAGUCGCAUCAACCAGGAGAAUAUGCUCACCCACCUCAAGUCAUACGAGCACACCAACAGAUAUGUGGAGGUUAAGUUUCAAGAAAAGUUGACCAAGGCUGAACUAAAAGUCAGAAGAAAAGAGAUCAUGGAACUAGAGGGAAAGCUUCACCAUCCUAUUAAAGAUUUCAGUAGCCACCUUCCCUUAGAACUACAGUGUGGUUCAUCACUAAGCAGCCUGUGUGAAGAUGUAGCAGAUGUUUCCUUGCAUUCCAAGUCAAGGUCUAUAAUUGAGGGGUCUUCUCUGCCGCCACUUUUGUAG